GCGGUAAUUAGUUGAACGCGCUACCGUCACCGAUUGAGGCUUCUAACAGCAGCCACCCGUACAUUUUAUUUCUGUUCAGAUGAUAUUUAAUCCAAAGUUUUCAUUCGAUACGCCCGAUAUUGCACCUACCGUGGAUGCUCCGAAUAUAUCGUCUACCCAUGUAUCAAUCAAUCGAUUAGUUGAUACUCUCAUAGAGACCUACCGCAAAGAUAUACACCCCGAUGAACGCGUUGACGUUUACAGCGAUGCUGUUCCACCAGGAGUUUUGGAAGAUGAAAGUUCCACUACUCGGUUUACAGACGUUGUUCGAGAUAAAAGUAAUCGUGUUCACAAGAAAAAAGAUGAGUCAGAAAAAUUUAAUUUUGCUCGUGCUGUUACAAAAUACAAGCAGGUUUCAUCAUUCAUAGAACUCAAUUUAGCUAAGCCAUUACUUAAAUCACUUACUGAAAUGUCUUUAGAUAAACCAACUCCCAUUCAGUGCGCAUGCAUCCCCGUAGCUUUACUUCACCAUGACAUAUGUGCUUGUGCCAGGACUGGGUCUGGUAAGACGUUAGCCUUUUUGUUGCCUAUUUUGGAGAGGCUAACAAAAAAACCAACUGAUUUUAAUCACGCAGUUACUCGAGCACUUGUGAUCAGUCCGACUAGGGAGCUAGCUGUGCAAAUUUUCACUGUUGCUGAAAAACUGGUUAAAUAUUGUCCAAAGCUCAGGAUCCAGUUGGCAGCCGGAGGACUUGAUUUGCACUCACAAGAGGCUUCCUUGAGAUUAAAUCCAGAUUUGGUAAUUGCUACACCAGGACGUCUAAUCGAUCACCUUUCGAAUGCUCCCAGUUUUAAUUUACAACAUAUUGAAUACCUUGUAUUGGAUGAAGCUGACAAGCUUUUAGACGAAUACUUUACAGAACAAAUAGGAGAAAUUAUUAAGUUCUGCAGCACAAAACGCCAGACCUUGUUGUUUUCUGCUACUAUGACGGAAAGUGUCAAAGAACUUGCUAUACUUUCACUUCGCGACCCAGUGCAAAUAUUUCUCAAUCAGGCAACUGCCGUAGCCCAAUGUUUGCAUCAAGAAUUUGUCCGCAUCCGUCCACACAGAGAGAAUGAUCGACGAGCUAUCGUUACAGCUUUACUGAUGCGCCAUUUUCGUAAACGGACUAUAGUUUUUCUACCGACUAAGAAGGAUUGUCACAAAAUGCAUAUUAUGUUAGGUUUACUUGGGCUUUCGUGUACUGAGUUACAUGGUAAUAUGACACAAGCACAGCGGUUGGAGGCUUUAAAGCGUUUCUCCAACGUCGAUGCAAUCGAUGAAUGUAAAACCAAAAGCGCAAUUGAUCAGGUUUCUCAAAUUAACAAUCAUGAUACACAGCCUGUUGAUAUUCUUUUGGCAACUGAUUUAGCAUCAAGAGGUCUGGAUAUUCCCAAUGUACAGACAGUUAUAAAUUAUACUUUACCUCCAACUAUGAAGCAGUAUGUACACAGAGUUGGUCGUACUGCUAGAAUUAUGAACAUUGGUCGAGCAGUAUCUUUAGUGGGUGAGGAUGAUCGCAAAGUAAUGAAAGAAAUUAUGAAAGAAGCACCUUAUCCGGUUAAAGCACGAGUUAUAGCACCAGAUGUUAUUGCUACUUAUCAGUCCAAAAUUACUCGCUUGGAACCGAUUAUUGGGAAAAUCUUGGCUGCGGAAGCUGAGGAGAGAGAGUUGAGGGCUGCUCAAAGUCAACUAUCCAAGGCUGAGGAGUUAGCAACUUGUAUGAGAUCUGAGACGGCACCGCUCUCAUGUGUGGAAAGGAGAGUUGACUGGUUUGCUGAACGUAAACGUGAUAAAAAGACUAUUGGCCGAAAAAAUAAGAUGUCUCAAUCGAAAAAGCGCAAAAUCAGUUGUGAUAGUGAUUCUGAAUAAUAUUUAUUUCAAUGUAAA